UGCCUCUUUCCAAAAUUGACAUUACACUUAUACAUUUAAAAUGUAUAAGUGUUGUAAAGCAAUGGGACUUUGCCUUUAAAGGAUGCAUGAACGUGUUCUAGAGUCAGAAAACAGGAGUGUUGAGCUGUGCAGUACACUGCGUUACAUUGGGAAACCUGAGAAAUUUCCAUCUUGUGAGGGUGGGAACCUUAAAAAGAGAGCAUAGGUUCCCCAUAUGCCCAAAGGACAUCCAGUCACUUCACACAGAAGUCACUCCAUGCUGAUACCACAUCUCUCUGCCAGGACAAGUACGCCUCCACAACCACCUGUAUACUACUGCCACCAUGCUCUGCUUGGCAUUUAUGUUUGCCAUGGUCUGUGCCACAGGUGUUCAUGGAGCUCGUCUACUACCUCCCCUGCCUAUGAAAGAUGGCUGUUAUCAGGCAUCCCCAGAACUGGAGGUUUUUAGAGUGGAGGGGGAGGCUGUAAUCCUCCAAUUUCCGAUAUUCAUGCGAGGUCUUCAACUCCGUAAAAUCGCUCCACCACUAGAAAAGUAUCUCAUCAGCAGGAACAACGGAAGCGAUCAACUGAGGUAUCAGAGCGAUGGCCGUGUGCAGCAGCAGGGUAAAGAGCUGUGGUUCCUUCCAGCUCAACCUUCAGACUCAGGGGAAUACACCUGCACUUACAGAAAUGAAACCUACUGUGUUACUGGGAGCAUCACGUUGCAUGUAUACGAGUCAUCCUCUGUGGACAUAGAGAAGCUGUCCUAUCCAUGGCCUGCCUUAGUGGGAGAGGAUGUGGAAUUUAACUGUCCCUCUCUGGAAUCUUUCAACCAGACAGGCAGACCAAUCCAGUGGUACAAGGACUCCAACCCCACUCCUCUGCAGCCAGGCAGAGCUACCCUGAUGAUCCCUGCUGUAAAGCGCUCCCAUGCAGGAGUUUACACCUGUCAGCUAACGGCGCUCAUUCACAACCAGCAGUACAAAGUCAGCAGAGCCUUCCUGCUUCAUGUAAAAGGUUCAGACCCUGCAAUCACUACCUCUGUGCCUGAUGUCAGCACACCAUCAGAACCAGCUCAGCCCAGCAGUAGAACUCCCAGUACCACCAGUGUAAUAAAGCCACCAGUAAUUAUCUCGCCGCGUAAUGGAACCAUCUUUGAAGGCCCGCAUGGUUCAAGCCUGGAGCUCUUCUGUCAGGUGCUCACUGAAUGUCCACUGGCAGACUCAACUGUGGUCACAUGGCUGGUAAACAGCCAAUCAGUGGAGUCAUCAUACCUUGAAAGACGGGCUCUGCAGGGAGGAAGAAGGGUAACUCGGGUGUCUGAAAUGUGUCAGAUCGAACAGAGGCUUAUUAUCGCUGUCAUAACUGAGGAAGAUGAGCAGACUGAGUUGAAGUGCGUCACUCAGAACACAAGCGGGAGACAGGAAGUUGUUGCAAUACUUCACCUGGAAGAUACUACCUUUACAUGGCUGGUAGUGGCUGUAGUGACAGUGAUCUGCUUCCUGAUGAUGGUCUCAGCUUUCCUUUACAUCCUCUUCAAGCCAAAGACUAAAAAGAAAAUGGAUUACAUUCUCGCCCGCCAGAGCAGCACCUUUUCUGUUUAACUCUUGUGUCCAACACUCCCUCCAACAAACAAAAACUACUCCUAUACAUAAUCUUUGGUAAACUGCCUACAUAUGACCUCCAGUAUAGUGCAUAUAGAGUUUUAUAUAUAUAGACUUGGCAUUUUAAAUCUUUUUUUUUUUCCAUGAAUCAUCUAUCUACAAGAGAAGGAAGAUGUUACAUGAUAAAAUGUUUUAAGCACCACUAAUUAAUGUUUAUUUAUGCAGUUGUUGCUUGUUGUGGUUUUGCACUAAUGUCAUUUAAACUAGAAGAACUCCCUUUAUAUUAGCUUUUUUUGCUAAAUAAAAUGUAGUAACUACCUCAGUGAUAGCGUUACCAAAUGUUACACAUAACUAUCUUUCCUACUGAUUUACGAAUGAGUUAAAUAUUAUAAAUUUGGAUUGGGCUUUUUUUAAUGUGGCAAAGGAUCUCAGGGAAACAUUUUUACGUUAUAGAAAACAUAAUCUGCUGCUGGAUUUUAAUUUUAAACAUUUGAAGGUAAGCCAUAAUGAGACUUAGUGUAAUUUUAUCUAUAGUAAUAUUCCUGCUGUUGUAUCCUAGAUAGAAAACAACCUGUUACUGUUGUUUUUUAGC